GACUGCAGCGCGCGCUCGACGGGCUCCGCUCCAAAACGCGUCCACUUCGGCCACUUGAACCAUCUCCCAAAGGGAGCCGAGCCGACGUCCAUCGGCAACACCCAUAGCGCUGUUGCUCUUCUUUUUUCUUUUUCUUUUUUUUGACAGAAAUUGGAUUAGAGGGGCGUGCGUCAGCGUCCGGACAGCGCGCGCAAGUAUUUUUAGAGCGCGCGAGCUGGGGAGGAGCGCCGCCGAGGUGGUUCCCGCGCGCACACAGGGAGAGAGAGAGAAAGCGAGAGAGAGAGAGAGAGAGAGAGAGAGAGAGAGAGCUGCGGGGAGCAAAGUGCUGCGCAGAAGCUCGCAGCGGUCGGGGAGAGAAGGGAUGUCGGUGCGAAGCCUCAUCCCUGUGGUGAGCAUCCCGUGGAGGAACAACAACUACAGCCUCGUGAGCAAGGAGCCUCCCCUGUCGGACCAAGGAGAGACCAUCAUUGGGGUGUAUCUCCUGGUGCUCGGGUGGCUCUCGUGGUUCGGAAACAGCAUCGUGAUCUUCGUUCUCUACAAGCAGAGGGCUUCCCUCCAGCCCACCGACUUUCUCACCUUCAACCUGGCCAUCUCCGAUGCCAGCAUCUCCGUGUUCGGUUACUCCCGUGGCAUCAUUGAGAUCUUCAACGUCUUCCGGGACGACGGGUUCAUAAUCACCUCAAUUUGGACGUGCCAGGUGGAUGGAUUCUGCACAUUGCUUUUUGGCUUGGCUAGCAUCAACACCCUCACAGUCAUCAGUGUGACAAGAUAUAUAAAGGGAUGCCAUCCAAAUAAAGCCCACUGCCUCAACAACAAUACAAUCUUCAUUAGUCUGGUUUUCAUCUGGGUGGGGGCUGCCUUCUGGGCUGGAACUCCUCUUCUCGGCUGGGGAAGCUACACAGACCGUGGGUAUGGGACAUGUGAAGUGGACUGGGCCAAAGCCAACUUCUCCACCAUCUACAAGUCCUACAUCGUGUCCAUCCUCAUAUUUUGCUUCUUUCUGCCUGUGCUCGUGAUGCUCUUCUCCUACGUGUCUAUCAUUAACACAGUGAAGCGAGGCAACGCCUUGUCGGCCGAUGGGGACCUGACCGAGAGGCAGAGGAAGAUCGAGAGGGAUGUGACAAUAGUCUCGAUUGUGAUCUGCACGGCUUUCAUCCUGGCAUGGUCACCGUACGCCGUGGUCUCCAUGUGGUCAGCCUGGGGCUUCCAGGUACCCAGUCUGACGAGCAUAUUUACACGGCUCUUCGCCAAAUCGGCCAGCUUCUACAACCCGCUCAUCUACUUCGGCCUGAGCUCAAAGUUCCGACGGGAUGUGGGCGUGCUUCUGCCGUGUGCACGUGAGGGCAAGGAUACUGUCAAGCUCAAGCGCUUUAGGCAAAUCAAGGCACGGGCAGAAGGACCCCCACCUCCGCUUCCACCACUGCCACCCUCAUAUGAUGUGGAAAAAAAGUACAUGGCAGAGGAGCCUCCUAAGCCCUCACCCAGCCCUGACUCAGGAGUGGGGAGUCCGCCGGAGACUCCGCCCCCCGCCAACCCCAAUGUCUUUUUCAUCCCAGUGUCCCCUGAUUCACCUGAAUUUGAAAGUCACAGACUAUGA